AUGUGUUACUUAGAGAGGAGCAGUAUGGGAAAGUCCAACCUUCACAUGACAUCUGGAGAUGGUCCCGAUGAAAAUCAUAGGAUUUUUCAGAUGGGAUUUAUCCAUGGCUCGUAUGAUUAUUUGGUCCCCUUAUGCUCAUAUGUUUCAGUGCGCAUCAGCAGGGACCGCUCCAAUUCCACCCACAACAGCCUGGGUUUAGGGAAGGAAGGCCUAAAUAGUUUAGGGAUUAUUAUUCUCUCUCUCUCUCUCACUCUCUCUCUCUCUCUCUCUCUCUCUCCCUCUCUCAUCAUCAUCAUCACAUCAUCAGGAGCCCCGCGUCUCAUUUCAGUCCCGGUUGGCGCGAUGACCACAGGAAUGAGCGCAGCAGGUGUUCAUCGAGGCUUCCUCCGGAAAUAUGGGGGCUUCAUGUUUAAACAGUGGAAGGAGAAGUACCUUGUGCUGACCAUGGAGGGAAGCCUGCUUGUGUGCCGCGAUGCAGAAUCGCCUCCUGAUCAGGUGAUAGGGCUACAAACCAACUGCGAGUCCGUUGCAGAGGGACGGGAAAUCCUCGACCUGCCCAGGUUGCCUCCAGGGGGCAGGAGGGACUGCUGCUUCGCCCUCAUCCUGCCACAGAACAAGUUCCUGCUGUUACUGACAGACAAUCCGGAGGACUGCAGUCUUUGGCUGAAUUUGAUCAGAAAAGUGAGAGAGGGUUUCAUGUCACCCCUGACCCUUCAGAGACGGUGCAGCAUCACGCCCUGCAUCACCGACAGAGACCACCUGUUCGACUCCAGCAGCGUCAAAGACCCCGGGUCACCAAGGAUCUGUGAGGGCACACCUCCUUUGUCUCGCGUUACCGAACGGGGGGGCUCCUUGAGAGACAGAGGCCAAAACCAAGCCAGUGGACCACGGCAGCCUCUACGAAGCGUUUCUGUGGCCCCCCCUCACCGGCAGUCUGAUUGUCUUCGCCAUGGCAACAGUAGUGAUGCGCGGGCGGUGAGGGCGGUCUGCCUUCUGAUGGGAGGGGCGGCGGCCUCCUCUGCUCUGGGCUACCUCAACUCCUGCGCCCCUCCCGCUCCACUGGCCAGCAGAGCCCCGGAGAUCGACCACGGCGAAGGAGGCUCCUUCCACGCCUGCAGCCAGGACGUCGACUCCCCACACUUCAACAGCUUCGACUUUGAGGGAGACUCCGACUUCGAUGCAUUCGACUGUGGAGGAUUUGCUUUUUAGUUAUGACUAAAGAAAGAGGAGGGAUCUGUUUAAAAGACCUUUUUAUUCUCCCUGUGUUGGUUUUCCUUUAUAAUAUGAAGGCAUUUUAAUUGAUUAAUCACUCGUUGGCUUAUAUAUACGUCUUAUUUAUACAUGAAUGAAGGUGUUCCUCCUGGCUUUAUGCCCAUGCUCCUCAGUUAAAUCAUUCAUGAUCGUGACUCCUGGACACUGUGUGUUGUAUCACUCUUUCCAUGCCACCGGACGGCUUGAGGUUAACUUGGCGAGCAGCUACACGGACAUUAAUGAGGAGAUUUAAGCCUCGGAAUUAUAAAAGUAGCCUGUCUCAAUGCUUGUCUCAUCAUUCAGUUUCUUUUAUACUCUUUCAUUUUUUAAAUUGACCUUUGUGAAUAUGAUCUCCUCCUCCACAUUCUCUCCCUUUCAUUGUGGCACUUGGUUCCCUUUGCCCUGCUUUCAGAAUUCACGCCCUCACCCACCAUCUUACCUGACAUACAGUCCAAAAGUGAAGAAUCGAAAUAAAUCCUGCUGUCAUCAUGACUGUG